GGGUAUCUAAAUUUCCUUGUGGAUCAUCGUGAUGAAUUUGAAAUGACCGUUGACGACAUAUCGAAUACGUUUGGAUGCAUUGAGCGUAUUUUCCUGUUUAACAAGAAACUCUAUCAUGCACUGGAUGCUGCGCUUCUAAAUGUCGUUUCAGUGAGCAUUUACCCAUACGUUGGCGCAUAG